UUUUCUUUCCGAGCAGGGGGUCGCGAUGGGUAUUCAUGGCAUCUACAAAGAAAUCGGUCCUGGGCGGCGUGUAGCUCUCUCCAAGCUCGCCGUCGACAAGUUCGAAGAGACGGGCCGGCCGUUGCGCAUUGCCAUCGACACAUCGAUAUGGCUCUUCCAGAUUCAAGCAAGCAAAGGCGGCACGAAUCCUGCUCUGCGCACCUUCUACUACCGCCUUCUGCGCCUGGUCGCCCUCGCCAUCCAUCCCGUCUUUGUCUUUGACGGGCCAAACAAGCCGCCGUUCAAACGCAACAAGCGCACGGGACCCAACGUCGCCUCGAUCCCCGAAUUCCUGGCCAAGCAGCUCCUCAAGCAGUUCGGAUACCCGAUCCAUCUUGCGCCGGGAGAGGCAGAGGCGGAAUGCGCGCUACUGCAGCGCGAGGGAAUAGUCGACGCCGUACUGAGCGAGGAUGUAGACACGCUCAUGUUUGGGAGUGGUGUCACGAUACGCAACUGGUCGCCUGAGAAGAGUGGCAACACGCCAACACAUGUCAACGUCUAUGACGCCGUCGAGACCAAGGCUGGGCCCUCGGCGCUGGAUCGCGAAGGCAUGAUCUUGGUCGCUUUGAUGAGUGGUGGAGAUUAUGUGCCUGAGGGAAUCCCGGGGUGCGGCCCCAAGACGGCGUGCGAAGCUGCAAAGGCUGGGUUUGGAGAGGACCUCUGCAAAAUACCGAGAAACGACGCCAGAGCCAUGUCGCAAUGGAGGGAGCGUCUGCAACACGAGCUGAAGACAAACGAGAGCAAGCUCUUCAAGCGCAAGCACGGCGCUCUGAAGAUCCCCGAUAACUUUCCGCGAUUGGAUAUUCUUGGAUAUUACACGCACCCUGCCAUCUCCAACCAAGCCGGGUUGGAUAAGCUGCGACGGGCCAUCAACUGGGAUCAAGAGCUAGACCUUCCAGGCUUACGCGACUUCACUCACGAUGCAUUUGACUGGGUCCAGCUUGAAGGUGCAAAACACUUCAUCCGCAGUCUUGCGCCGUCUCUCCUUGUCCGUUCUCUGCGGUUGCGAGCUGAACGUCUCAACCGGCUUCCAACACACGAUCUCCAGGCGGUUCAGGAGGACGAAGCAUUACUUGUCAAAGGCAUCCAUGGGAAGCGACAACAUGCAGUUACUGACAGCACCACAGAGCUUCGUGUGAGUUUCAAACCCAUCGAGCUUGUGAAGAUCGACUUGGAGAAGGAAGAUCCUGACGACAAUCUCUCAACCCCGCCACCAGAUUCGCAAACAGGCGAAGCCGAUCUUGAUGAUUUGGAGUUGAAUGGUGAUGCAGAGGCUGCGCCAAAGAAGCGUGGCCCUUCAGAUUUCGAUCCUCAUGCCCCUGCGAGAAUAUGGGUUCUCGAAACGUUUGUCAAAGUUGGUGUACCGUUGAAGGUUCAAGACUGGGAGGCCGAGCGACAAACGAAACUGAAGCCUAAGAAAGCAGCUACAGUGCAGGAGCCCAGCAAGACCACGGCCAAAGCAAAAGGUGGCGCAAAACGUACGAAACCCCCAGCUGACAUGCCGCAAGCUCCUAUUGCAAAUUUUGCCAAAGUCACUAAGCCAGGCAUCUCAAGAUCUGGCGCUAAUGCUUCCCGAGCCCUGGCGAAGCUGCAGGAAUGCUUUUCAGAUCCGCCUCCAGCAGUCUCGCAACCCGUCCCACGCACAAAUGAUAACGUAAUCGAACUACUAUCAUCAUCACCCGUACGGUCUCAAAGUACGAGACCAGCGCCUCUGCCAGCACGCGAGAAGUCACUAUCCCCGAUCGACGAGCUGCCUCCCAGUGUGACAAAGAGAAGAAGACGAGCUCCAAUACAACGCUCACGCACAAUUCCGACCGAUUCCAGCGCCCCCCUUGAGCGGCCAAACACUCCUCCGCCAUUAGACACAGUUGAGACAUUGGAUCUAGUGGACUCGCCCGUACUACCUUCACCAUCGCAGCUACCAGCUAAGAAGGCGAGGAUGCGCAUCGGGAGGAAUGCUCCAUUAACAAGGACAACGAGCGACACGUCUAUAACUUCCUCACCCAGCCGAUCGAGACAAACCACAUUGGAUGCCUGGCGAGCAUCUUCAACACCCACGAAAUUACGAGAAAUGACCACGAUAGACGCAGCGCCAUUCCCAGCACCCCUCGAACUGCGACCCUCACAAGGAGAUAUCGAUACCCUAGACUUGACGCUCUCGUCUCCAACGCGAGCACCUCCUGCACGAUCGCGUCGCGCCGCACCAGCCCGACCACCACUAAACUCAAUAUCCUCAAACACAUCGCUUUCUUCCACAUCCUCCACAUCGGCCCUCCCGGCAAAGAAAAAAGCCCCCAAAACUAUCCCGCCUACGACACGAACCCGUCGCCCAUCGCCGCGCCUCAAGUCCGCAUCCCCGGAAAUCGACACCCUGGACCUCACCUCCCCCCAACUCGUCACAACAAAAUCAACAUCACCGGAAACACAUACCCUACCCCGCGCCGUCUCACAACCGUCUUCGAAGCCCACGUCCCCCGAGAUAGACACCCUAGACCUCAGUCUUCUCUCCUCACCCACAAUCCCGACCUCCCCACCACCCCCCGUACAAAAAGCCUCUCCACCGCCCCGCCGCUCGCCCCGCGCCCAUACGUCUUCCGACCCCGCGUGUCGCACGUCGCCGCCCGCGGCUUGGAAGGCGCGCGAGAAGAAGAAGCGCCAGAUUAUCCUGCGGAAGAGCGUGGUGGGUGCGUGGGAUUUUGUGGAUGUCGAUGUUGAUUGUAGUCUUGUUGAUGGGGGGGAUGAUGCGGGUGCGGGUGCGGGGAGGGUGGUGUUGAAGGGGAAGGAGAGGCGGAGGUGGAGGGAGAGCGAGAUUGAGGUUUUGGAUCUGAGUUAG